GGGAAUUGGGUGGGAGCGCUGCCGCCGCCAUGGAAGCCGUCUUCACAGGUUGCUGCCUUUGCGAAGCAGGAAUCUGACCAGAAUAUCUCUGCAUGGAACCUGGAGCCCUCCUGGAGCCAUAGGAAGGGAGUUGGCUCUGCUUUGGAGGAGGGCUGGGGCAGCAACUGCAAAGGGAAUGCCCCUCUGGUCCCACCCACAAGGCUGCCGUGGCUCCCCAGGACAGAACCAAACUGGACAGGUGCCAUCAGGAUACACUUCCACUGUUGGUGCAGUUGUGCCACUCCACAAAUUGGAUUUGAUUAGAGGCCAGCAACAGCUAGAUUUGGGGGAUUACAGAUCUCUGCUACCCUAUCUGGAAGUAGCCUGCUGUGAUGGAGCUGUAGUGACGGUAGCUGCCCUGCCAUGCACCCAACAGGGAGCAUCGACCCUGGCUUUUCCCGUUCUGCUGUGCAAACCUUGUCACGUAGCCACUGCCGGAACAUCAAGCAAAAGAUCUCUCAGUGGGAGGGUCGGACAAAAGGGGAUUGUCAGGAGGAAAGGCAGAAACCCAAGGACUUUGGAGUUAAGUAUGGCCAGGACAGCAAGGGGAAGCCAGUGGGACUUGGGCAUGGCAAGAAUGUAGGAGGGCUAGCAAGUGUGCAGAAUCUUGGCUUAGAUUUUCGGGAGAGCUCUCAUCUCUGUUGUGUGGCUGAGGAGGAUGAGGAUGAGAAACUCCAAGAGAGUUUGGUUGAGCCGUUCCCCAAUGGAGUUACACCCAAAGGAGACGAAGAGGAAUGGCAAGGGGAGAGGCUGCCGCCAGGGAACUUCUACACCUCACGGGACCUAUGGAAACAAAUUGAAGCACUUCCUCCUGAUAAAUUUCUCUCCAUUGCUUUGGACUGGAAAAGUAAACGGGAAAGCUGUGGCUCAGCAGAGAAGGAGCUGAAUGUUGCUCUGACAAAGAGCUUGGAGAACAUAUACUGUGACGUUGAAGGCCAGGAAAGGCAGUCAGCCAUCAACCCAGUACCCAAACCACAAAGGACUUUUCGCUAUCUUUGUGAGAAAGACCAUGCAGAAUGCCCUAAUGGAGGCCAGACUGAGAGGAAGCCACCAGAACAUCAGUGCAAUGGUGGUUACCCUGUAGCACCCUCCCAUGACUCUGAGCAGAAAAUGGUCAGCAGAGGAAUCAGAGGCAGAUCCAAGAGAAAGUCCUUUGAAUUUGAGGACAUCCAAGGUUACCGAAACCGGCUAGCAGCUAUGGAGUACCAAAAACUCCACGAAGAAGUGAAUGGCACUGCAAAUUUCCGUCUCUAUUGCACACAGUCAGAGGACAACCUAUAUGAGGACAUUACUGAUCCUGCUAAGGAGAAUCUCUAUGAAGAUAUCAAAGUGAAGCCUUUGUGGAAGGUCCCAUCAACUUGGAAACUGCCUCCCCCUCGGAACACCUUCAAGCCUCCCAAGCUUCCCCCCAAGCCACACUUCCUUCAUCGUAAAACCUUGGAGCUAAAGACCACACGGAUCUUCCUGCCGGGGAAGUUGACAAAGGACACAACUCUACCUGUUACGCUGACAGAAUGGAAGUUCUUUAAAGCAGGCGAAGCUGGAAGCAGGAAGAGAAAGAACCUCCCCCGGUUUGUAUUGAAAAUCCAGGAGAUCUUUGCCUCCAAAAGAGGAAAGAAGCAAGUGAAGUUGGUGGCACAGACAGGAAAAGAAGUUUCUCCGGCCAGAGGUGAAACCAAUGGCUAUGACAGUGAACCAGAGAAUCUUUCAAAAAGUCGCCAUAAGCGCCUGCUGCAGGUUCAGGCUCAAUCCAAAAGGAACCCACAUUACCAGACGCUGGAGCGGGACCUCAUUGAGUUCCAGGAGCAGCAACUUUUUGAGCUUUUUGUGGUGGUGUCAUUACAGAAGAAGCCAUCAGAAGCUACCUACACUCCACAGGUUAUACAGCAGUUUCCUAGCAAGCCUGACCACCACUUUCGGCAGUCUAAGGAUACUGAAGAGAGGCUGAAGGUCAUCCCUAAAUUCUGUUUCCCUGACCCAAAAGACUGGUGCCCAACAUCUGAAGCAAAGAGUGAAACCUUUUCCUUUGUGCUGACUGGUGAGGAUGGCAGCCGCUGGUUCGGAUAUUGCAAGAAGCUCUUGCCUGAAGGAAAGGGGAAGCGACUCCCUGAAGUAUACUGCAUGGUAAGCCGCCUAGGCUGCUUCAACCUUUUUUCCAAGAUACUAGAUGAAGUGGAGAAGAGGCGUGAGAUGUCCCCAGCUCUUGUCCACCCAUUCAUGCGCAGUGUCAUGGAGGCACCAUUCCCUGCUCCUGGGCGCACCAUCACUGUAAAGAGCUUCCUUCCAGGAGCUGGAAAUGAGGUGAUUGAGCUUUGCCGUCCACUAGAUUCUCGGCUGGAGCAUGUUGACUUUGAAUGUCUACUUGAGUGCCUAAGUGUCUCUCACUUGAUCCAAGUAUGUGCUUCUCUCCUGCUGGAAAGGAGAGUUAUCUUUGUUGCUGACAAUUUAAGCACCUUGUCCAAGUGUGGCCAUGCUGCAGUUGCAACACUCUACCCGUUCACCUGGCAACACACCUAUAUCCCUGUCCUGCCAGCUUCCAUGAUUGACAUUGUCUGCUCUCCAACCCCUUUCCUUAUUGGCAUUCUCUCCUGUUCAUUAACACAUCUCCAGGACCUGCCUAUAGAAGAGGUACUGAUAGUUGAUCUCUGUGCUGAUAAGUUUUUGCAACAGGUUUCAGAUGAGGAUGAAAUCCUACCUCACAAACUCCAGGCUGCACUUGUACAGAUUUUGGAAGAAAGAAAUGAAAUUUUGUCACAGGAGCGGAGUUACAAACAAGGUGAUGUGUCCCUGGACUCCCUUGUUUCAGAGGCUUUUGUGCGCUUUUUUGUGGAGAUUGUGGGGCACUAUUCCUUGCACAUGAACGUCACUGAGAAAGGGGAGCGUGUAUUCCAGCGAGAGCCCUUCCGGAAGUCCCACACCUCCCGCAAUGUGCGUCAUUUCCUAGACAUCUUCAUGGAGACGCAAAUGUUUGCUGGUUUCAUACAGGAUCGAGAGCUGCGAAAGAGUGGAGUUAAAGGCUUGUUCGAAGUCCGUGCUUUGGAAUAUUUGGAGACCAUUCCUGAAUCUGAGCCCAGUGGAAUGAACAAAAUCCUUCGCAGUCUGGGUAAUAAAAUGAAAUUUCUACAAAAAAAGUGAGAAGCCGAGUACAAAAUUGCUGCUAAGCAUGAUUUUAAGUUCCAAACAAGCCAUAAUGAUGUGGCACUGCAUUGGCUGUUGCGUGGUAUCGGGAAUUUUUGGACUUCGCUCAGAAGAGCUUCAUCCAACUGGGAAAGAGAACCCAAAACCAGAGUGGAAUUCUCAAUGUUUGCUCUACCUGGUCCAACUGGAGUAUUACUGGGAGAAACUGGGUUUCUUCAACUGUGGAACUGGUCUGCAAGGGGAACACAAUUAACUGUAUGGAUUGUAUCCCUGUUUAUGCUGCUUGGCCUGAAGAGACCUUCCCUUCAUCCUCAAAUAUAAUUUUUUAAAAAAUAUAUAUAUAUAUGAUUCCUGCUCAGAGCAAUCCUGGGGCUAAAUUGAUGCCCUUUAUACAGUGGAACUAACUAUGGAAAACAGCAUGAAUCCAGCAAUUGAUCUAUGCUGAUACUGUACUGUAGAGAUAUUUUGUGCAAGGAAAAGGGCCCAUAUAACUGGAAAGGUAAACUUGGUAGAAGCAGUUCAACCAUCCUCAUCUAUUAUGUCACCCAGUUAUGUUCUCUGCUGUUGGCCUUAGUUCAGCUAUGUUUUCUCAAACCAUUGGCUUUACUUAUGUAUUGCAAAGCCUUCUGUUUUGCAGGUAUUAACAGCAAAAGAAGAACAUCCACCUGUUUGAUACUUUGGUUUUAUGCUGCAAAAACCUCGGCCUCUGUCAGUUGCUGCAAACAUACAUGUUGUUUGGACUUUUUACAAACUCAUCUCCAUUACACCAUGGGAUUUACCUUACAGAAGAGUGAUGUUUACUUGUUAGGAAAAUGCCCUUUGAUCCCAAUUGGGAGACAUGAAGACUUUUACAGUGGCAUUACAAAGAGCGGGGUUUGAUACAGAGCCACUCUAAAAAGAUAAGCAAGCUUCUUAUAACUGCAUUUUGCUGUGAAACCUGUGUGGGAUAGAAAUAGUUCUCCCUCAGAUAUUGAACAUCCAACUAAAACAUUUUCCUCCUCCUCUAAACCUAGGUCUGUUACCUGCUUUUAAGAAAUGCUAUCUUGGUAGCCACCAUUACAGGAAAGAGAUCAAAUGCUGCACACUGUAUUCCAGCUCCUCUGUGGCUUGCAUACCAUUUGAAACAGCAGUUUAUAGUUUCUAAUAACAAAUACAUGUUCCCUGAAGUUAAGCUAUUAUGAUAGAUUGUCAUUUGUCUUACUAAACUACUCCAGUGCCUCUGCGGACCUGUCAUGUGUCACUGGUUACUUUCCAAUGAAGCUUUACCGUAUGUUUACACAGAACAAAUGAACUCAGGAUAAAUAGAACUUUUAUGUGGCCUUGGACUAAGUCAAAAUUGCCAAAUAAGAGUGAUUCUUUUGACACAUUGAAAUGUUGUACGCUGGUGCACUGGAUUAGUCUUUCUCUGCCACACAGCUAAACAGCCCCCCAGAUUAGGAUGAAAUAUGGAUUUGGGGUCCAUAUGUUUCUAUGUUGAUUACCUGUAUCUGAAAUCUGCUGCUUAUUCUGGGGAGAGAUCCUGAAUGCUAUUUUUUGCAACACACAAAAUGGACCAGACCAAAAAGGAAAGAAAAGGUGAGGGGCGGGGUGAGAAAAAUUGUAGCAGAGCUCAUGUAAAAAGUUUUUGCAUGUGGUCUGAAUUCCCAGCUGUGCCUACAAUGUUUCUGGCAGAAAGAAUUGGCAAAAACUUGGUCCCAGUGAUCUGUCAUUGGAUGCAGGAGUGUAUCAGGAGGCCUGAAAAUGAUUUCUUUCUAGGUCCAGUUGUGCAAGGCCAACAGGGCACCCCAUCCACAUUUACCCCAAAAUAGUUCCCUCCAAAUACAGUACACAAAGGUUUUUAGUCUUAGCGGGAAUGGAGAAUGUGUGGCCUUCUAGUUAAGUGAACUGCAACUUCCAUCAACCUUAGGCAGAAUACCCAAUGGUGAGAUAUGAUGCGAAUUGCAGUCCAAGUGACAUCUGGAGGUCCUCAUUUUCCUCAUUCCUAGCUGCUUUAGAAUAAGUACUGUGAACUUAAUGGCACCUAAAAGACCUUGUUGGUCACAUAUUUAGGGCCACUGUUUUACUUGGUUUGCUGUUGCAGUUGUUUUGAAUCUUUACUGUUGCCACUCUUGAAUUAGUUUCUUGAUAAGAGGAAGCAAGAAUUAAUCACUGAUUGAAUAGUAUGUUUCAGCACUCAAAACUAAGCUGCACUUGAUCAGAGGGCAGGAAGGAAACUUAUUUUGUUGUUCAUGUCCACUUUUAGAAAAUAGGGAGUUAAUUUAGCCCCCAGGGUAUAUAACCCUAAUUUUUAUAAUUCCACUGACACUAUUGCACACAGCUAGAUAGGAAAUACAUACCUUUCCAUCAUAUCCAGGAAACCUUCAGACCAUCUGUACUUCUUGGUGCUGGUCUUUCUCCUGUGUGGUGUGCUUUUUUGUUUUUGUUUUUAAUUUAAGUCUGUUCUGCUCAGUGUGAAUCAAGCCAUAUUCUGUGGUGUAUAGAUGAAACCAAAAUUGUAUGUACAGUAACUGAACCAAAAUAAACCAGGUUCUUUCAGGAACAAGUUCAAAUAAAAUAUGCUCCUUUUUUGGUGUGUAUUGAACCAUCA